AUGCAAAAGGAGCAUGGAUUUUUUAUUGUUGCACUUAUGGAGCCCAAGCAGAAGAAGAGAUUUAUUCAGAAGUAUAGAAGGAGAUUGGGAAUGGAAGCAGCUAUUUCAAAUGUUAAUGAAAAGAUUUGGUUGUUCAUUGAUGCGUUGGUGGAGUUUGAUGUACUGAUUGACACUGACCAAAUGCUGACAAUCGAAGUGUAUCAUAGGGAACUAGGUAAGUACAUGAUGAUGACCUUUGUCUAUGCUAAAUGUUGUGCAUUAGAGAGGUUAGAAUUAUGGGACAAUUUGUAUUAUUUGGCUAGUGACAUGGAAUUGCCCUGGUUAGUUGGAGGGGAUUUCAAUGUAGUUCUUGGAGAAGAUGAGAAGAAAGGGGGCUACCAGUAUAUCCACCAAAGGAGUCCUUUUACCUGGUGGAAUGGAAGGCCUAAUGAGGAAUGCAUCUUCAAAAGAUUGGAUAUGAUUCUUGUGAAUAUGCCUUUCCAAUCCUUGUUUCCAACAAUUGAAGCGGAGCAUCUUAUAAGGACAGGCUUAGAUCAUGCACCAUUGUUAAUGAGCUGUGGAGAGGAAGCAAUGAUAUUUGUGAAGCCUUUUAAGUUUUUGAAUUUCUGGACAAAACAUGAUUCUUUCAUGGAAGUGGUGAAGCAGAAUUGGGUUGCAGACUUUAUAGGGGACCCUUUCUUAAUGUUCAAGCAAAAGCUGAAGAGGGUCAAGAUUGCUCUAUCAAAAUGGAGUAAAUUGACAUAUGGUGACAUUUUUAAACAAUUGGCUAUAAGGGAGGACAUAGUGAGAGUUAAGGAGAUGCUGUUUGAGGAGGACCCUUCAUCAGAGAAUAGGGUGGUUCUACAGCAAGCACAAGCUGAACUUAAAAAAUACCUGAGUAUAGAGGAGCAGUAUUGGAAACAAAAAGCAGGAAUGACAUGGUUUGAGGAAGGAGAUAGAAACACAAGAUUUUUCCAUAAUUGUGUCAAUGGGAAGAGGCAAAAGUUGAAGUUGAAAAGGAUUCAAAGCAGUGAUGGUACAUGGAUUGAAGACCUAGAGAAACUAUCUGAGGCAGCUGUGGAUUUUUUUUAG